AUGGGAACAACUUGUGGAUCUCUUCUAUUUGAGCUACAGAAAAUAUGGGAUGAAAUUGGGGAAGCUGAUAACGAAAGGGACAAAAUGCUUUUUGAACUUGAGCAAGAGUGUUUGGAUGCUUAUAGAAAGAAAGUGGAUCACGCGAGCCGUUCACGGGCCCAGCUAAGACAAGCGGUUGCUGACGCCGAAGCGCAGCUUGCAGAUAUCUCUUCUGUAAUGGGAGAUCGACCAGUUCAUGUAAAUAAGAGUUCUGGGAGCUUGAAGAAAGAGCUUCAGGCGAUCAUGCCUCUACUAGAAGAUAUGAAAAAGAAAAGAAAUGAGAGGAACACUCAAUUUUCAGAGGUUUUGAGACAAAUAAAUUGCAUUGCCAAGGAGCUUUCAGGAUCCAUAGAUGACAACUUUAGUGCAACCGUAAUUGAUGAACAUGAUUUGUCGAUGAAAAGAUUGGAUGAUUUACGCUGUCAGUUGACUUUUCUGCAGAAAGAAAAGAGUGAGCGCAUGAAGCAGGUGCUUGACCAAUUGAAUGUCCUAAAUGCUCUGUGCAUGGUUCUUGGGAUGGAAUUCAAAUCAACAGUUUGCAGUGUUCACCCAAGUUUGGUUGACUCUUCCGGCCAGAAAAGCAUAAGUACAGAUACAAUAAAGGGUUUAUCUGCUACAAUAAGCAGGCUUAAGGAUGUUAAGUUGCAGCGCAUGCAAAGGCUUCAAGAGCUUGCAAUGACUAUGGUGGAGCUUUGGAAUCUUAUGGACACGGCAGUUGAGGAGCAACAAAAGUUUCAAAACGUCAUGCGAACUAUUGCUGCUGCCGAACAUGAGAUAAAAGAGCCCAACAGUUUAUCCAUGGAGUUAAUUGAUAAUGCUGAGGCUGAGGUAGCAAGGCUGCAAGAGAUGAAAAUGAGUAAAAUUAAAGAAGUUAUUUUGAGAAAGCAAGAGGUUUUAGAGGAAAUAUGCCGAGGAGCGCAUAUGGUUGUUAAUGCACAAUUUGGAACUGAUCGCCCUGUGGAAUCUAUUGAGUCAGGGGAAAUUACUCCAUCUGAUAUAUUAGAUCAACUGGAGUUUCAGAUUUCCGAGGUUAAAGAAGAAGCUUUCAGUAGAAAAGAGAUACUUGAGAAGGUUCAAAAAUGGUUAGCUGCUCGUGAAGAGGAAAGCUGGCUGGAGGAGUACAAUAGGGAUGACAACCGUUAUAAUGCUGGGAGAGGUACACAUCUUAUGCUAAAACGUGCUGAGAAAGCUCGUGUGAUUAUUAACAAAAUUCCAGCAAUGUUGGACACGCUCAAAUCGAAAGUAAAAGCUUGGGAGCAAGAAAGAACAACAGAGUUCCUGUAUGAUGGUGUUGGUCUACUAUCCAUGAUCGACGACUACUGUGAGCUAAAGCACUUGAAAGAGCAAGAGCGUCAAAAGCAGAGGGAUCAGAAAAAACUUCAGGGCCAGCUAAUGGCAGAGCAAGAAGCAAUCUACGGAUCAAAACCGAGUCCGUCCAAAAGCAGCAGCAAGAGCUUUAGACCCUCGACUGGAGGUUCAGCUGCUAGUAAACGAUUUUCAUUAGGAGGGGCAGUGCUUCAAAAUUCGCUUUCGGACAAAUUAGCACAUCCUUCUCGUUCUCUUGCCAAGAACAAGAACAACAGUAUAAAGAGGCAGCCCCUUCACGGCCAUCAUCACCACAAUGGUUUAGCGGCGCCCCCUUCUUCCGGCAAGACAGCCGGCAGACCCAUCAAACACCAGUCGAGCAAUGCAUCAAACUCAAAACUGACGGAACCAUCGACCAUGAGAAAAGCUCUCUCUCCAUUGUCCUCCAUAUGUUCUAACAUCAUCAGCUCCUGCAAUAAUGUCGACUUUCCCGAAAACACGCCACAACAAAUGGCUCUUAAACCUUUGACUCCUCCAUCAUCAGCCACAACAACCCCAACUAAGAAUGUCUCGAUUUACGAUGAGAACCGAACUCCUAAAACGAUGCCGGUUCCUGUCCCGUGCACUCCCCCAACAGCAUCCAAUGCCAUGCAGACGGCCAUGACACCUUUCACUCCCGGCAGGAUGGGCAGUGGAGAGGUGGAGUAUUCUUACGAGGAGAAAAGGGCCGGUUUUGUUGUGCCUAAAUCUUACUAUCAUAGGCAGUUGGCUUUGGUCUGA